AUGUACGUCACGCCAGUUUUACUGCUUAUAUUUGGGCUGUGCAUGGUCGUACUCAAAAGACGCAAGGCGAAAGUUGCGUCAACAGCUCCGGGUCCGCUCGGGUGGCCGGUGAUUGGUAACCUGGCGCAGUUGGGGUGCAAACCCCAUAAGACUUUGACUGAAUACCGGAAACGCUAUGGGGACGUUUAUCAGAUCACAAUGGGCUCGUGCCCGACUGUUGUCCUAAAUGGUCAGAAAGUAAUCCGACAGGCGCUUGUCAAGCAGUCAGAAGAUUUCGCUGGACGACCGGAUUUCUAUUCAUUCAAGUUCAUUGCCAAUGGCAACAGUAUGGGAUUUAGCGACUAUGGAGCAAGAUGGAAGAUGCACCGGAAGAUUGCACAGAAUGUUUUGGCCCUCUGUGCAAACAAGAAGUACAACCCUAUUGAGGAGGCAAUUGUAUCAGAGGCUAAAUUUUUGGUACAAAAUUUACUCAAGUCCGACGGACAACCCAUAGAUCCGCACCAUGAGAUAUAUCUUUCCGUCGGGAACAUUAUAUGCGCAUUAUGUUUUGGUAAACGAUACCGCCGGGACGACCCAGAUUUUCUACAACUUGUCAAAAACAACGACGAGUUCAUGGCAUUCGCAGGGGCAGGAAAUCCUGUUGACAUUAUGCCAUGGAUGCGACAUUUUACAAAACGGUCUUUUAAACAAUUUCUGAAGAUUCUGGACACGAUGGAUAAUCUAUGCCUGAAGAAACAACGUGAACAUCUUGACACCUAUGACGCAACCCACGUUCGUGACAUCACAGAUGCCCUCAUCAAGGCAACGGAGGAGACGUCCACGGAGGAGAAAAAGUCCGUCGGACUGACGGACGUACAUAUUAUGACUACACUUCAGGAACUCAUUGGUGCUGGUUUUGAUACAAUAGCAAGUACACUCCAAUGGUCUAUUCUCUACCUUAUGACAAACCCGGAGUGGCAGGAGAAAGUCUACAAAGAAAUUCUGGCCGCCUACGGCACCGACAAAGAUCCGGAUGUAACCGAUCUUUCCGAAUUGCCCUACACUGAGGCGACCAUCCUUGAAACUAUGAGGCACUCGUGUAUUUUCCCAUUUGCAUUACCACACAGUACGACUAAAGAUACCUACAUCAACGGAUAUUUCAUCAAGGAGAAAACGCUUGUGUUUGUUAAUCUAUGGUCCGUCAGCCAUGACCCAGAAUUCUUCCAUGAACCGGAAGUAUUCAAUCCGUCAAGAUUUUUGGAUACUUCCGGUACGAGACUCAUUGUAGAUAGAACAAAACUUGACUGUUUUCUUCCUUUUGGGUCUGGGAAAAGAAAAUGUCCGGGAGAGCAGUUGGCUAAGAUGGAACUCUUCCUUUUCUUUACAAUUCUCGUGCAAAAAUGCAAGUUUGAAAUAGUGCCUGGUGAGCACCCUGUGGUUGACAGUAAGUAUGGGCUGACACUGAAGCCCAUAGAUUUCAAUGUCAUUGUACAUGACAGAAAUAUGGAAAAUACAAGCACAGUGUCUGACUUACCUUUAUAA